AUGGCCUCCAGCAACACCACCUACACUCCCAACGAGGAGACCGAGAUCCAGCAGUGGCUCACCACCGCCGCCCGCCUGCAGCAGGCCGGUGCCGGUGCCGAUGCCUCCCCCAUUCUCGACACCCUCAACUCCCACCUGAGCACCCGCACCACCCUCCUCGGCACUAAGCCCAGCAAGGCCGACACCGCCCUCUACGACGCCGUCCGCCCCCUCGUCGCCGCCUGGUCCCCCGAGCAGCGUACCGGCGAAAAGGGCUACCCCAACAUCGUCCGCCAUCUCGACUUUGUCCAGAACUACCCCGCCUUCGCCGCCGAUGUGAAGCCCGAGGACAAGGUCGCCGUUGACCUCGACAAUGUCCUCUACGUGAAGCCCCCCGUCGACGCCAAGGCUGAGAAGGAGCGCCUCAAGAAGGAGAAGGCCGCCGCCGCUGCCGGAGGUGACAAGGCUGCCCUCCCCGACCGCACCAAGGACGCCGGCAAGGACAAGAGCGCCGGCGAAAAGGUCAAGGAGGCCGUCGUCGACGCCAAGGACAAGGUCAAGGCCGCCGUCGCCGGCGGCGACGCCAAGCCCAAGAAGGAGAAGAAGGAGAAGGCCCCCAAGCCCCAGAAGGCCCCCGCCCCCGCCGCACCCCUGUCCCCUGCCCUCAUCGACCUCCGCGUCGGCCACAUCCUCAAGGCCAUCAAGCACCCGGAGGCCGACUCGCUCUACGUCUCCACCAUCGCCGUCGGCGACGAGCCCAACGACGACACCACCGAGUACGAGGGCCAGGUCUGCCGCACCGUCUGCUCCGGCCUCAACGGCCUCGUGCCCCUCGAGUCCAUGCAGGGCCGCAAGGUCGUCGUCGUCUGCAACCUCAAGCCCGUCAAGAUGCGCGGCAUCAAGUCGUGCGCCAUGGUCCUUGCCGCCUCCCCCAAGCUCAAGGAGGGAGAGACCGACGACCACAAGGGCCCCGUCGAGCUCGUCACGCCCCCCGCCGACGCAAAGGCCGGCGAGCGCGUCUGCUUCCAGGGCUGGGAGGGCGAGCCCGAGGGCGUGCUGAACCCCAAGAAGAAGAUCUGGGAGACCUUCCAGCCCGGCUUCACCACCACAGACGACCUCGCCGUCGCCUUCGACGCCGGCGUCGUCGAGGCCCUCGGUAAGCAGGGCGUCGCCAAGCUGGUCACCAAGUCCGGCGGCCUGUGCACCGUCCCCAGCUUGAAGGACGCCGUCGUGCGGUAA